CAGGAGUCGGACAAGUCUAAAGAGGGGAACUGGGUCAAAAAAGAAUGUUUUUGUGUUUUUGUGUUUCGAGGUUCACUGAGGUGUCGCCCCAAUCCGUACAGGUCUAUCCUUCGUAGGUCCCCUUAUCCUCCGACACCAUGGCACUGAACCCAGGCAAGCCGAAGUCCAGCGUGCGCCUGGUUUUCUUUGGCGCAGCUGGCGUGGGCAAGACUGCGCUCAUCCAGCGCUUUCUGGCGGACACGUUUGAGGCUCAGCACAAGCGCACGGUGGAGGAACUGCAUUGCCUGGAGUAUGAGCUGGACGCGCAGCAGGUGCGCGUGGAGAUAAUGGACACGAGCGGCAGCUAUUCGUUCCCGGCCAUGAGGCAGCUGGGGAUCCGCCGCGGGGACGCCUUCGCCCUGGUCUAUUCGCUGCAAGAGCCCGAGUCCUUCCAGGAGGUGCGGAGGCUGCGCGCCGAGAUCCUGGAGACCAAGGGCGAGGCGCCCAGCCCGCCGCCCAUCGUGGUAGUGGGCAACAAAAGCGACCUGGCGCCCAGUGGGAGCUUCCCCGACGCUGUGAUCGCUGCCGUGGAGCUCGAGUGGGGCGGCAUCUACCUCGAGGCGUCCGCCAAGCUCGGAGAGAACGUACUGAGCCUCUUCCAGGAGCUCCUGCAGCUCGUGCACCUGCCCAGCCCCCUCGGCCGCCUUAGCCCGGUGCUGCGCCGUCGUCGCCAGACUUUCCCUGGGGGAGCACCAGAUGGGGCGGUGGGGGCGGUCUCCACGUCCCGAGCAGCGAUGCGCAAGCGUCACAGUUGCGCAGUGUCUUAGCGCUCCCGAUUCCACUUUAUCCGAGUGUCCCAAACCUAACGAAAGAAAGCGCAACCCCGGCUUAGUGCCCUUCCCUUUCUUUCUCGGUUUUCUCCUCACUUUGGUUCAGACUCUUGAACUUCCCCCUUGCUGAAGCUGCUGCGGGCAUCCUGCCACUACUUACUCGCCUCUCCCCGUAAGGGGCGCAGCUGAGCUCUUUCCCCGGGGAGGCGGAUGUUAUGUGUCCCCGUGGGACUGGGUCCCGGGAUUGGCUGAUCCCCGCGUUUAGGCUGGUGCGGGGAUAUAUACGUCCAGCAUGCCAACAUUCCUGUGUUAGGAUGGGCGGGGUGGAAACCAGGUGCCAAAUGUGAAUAACUAGGAAGUCCUGCACUUGCUGAUCUGUACUGAAGUGUGUGCUGAACUCCGGGAAAUGGGUGCUGCUGGACUAUUGCGGUGGCCGCUGGUCCCAUGGAAGGCUUCUGGGUAGGGUAGCAGUAAAAACUCCAACAUCUUCCAUGCAGUUAAAUUGGGGGCAAUUUGAGGGAGUUUGGACUAGAAGAUUCCUUCCAGCUCCAAAUCCUAUCACACUACGAAUAUGAGAAGAUCUUUACUUGGCUAUACAGUGGAAAAUGCCUGAUGUUCCAGGCCUCUGAAAAAUAGCAUCCAUGGUAAACUGUCAAGGCCAAAUUUAAUCGCUCCCCUUGAAAAGUCUGCCCGGACCUUUAAUCAGUUCUGCGGGAGGGGGCAUGUUAGCUUCAAGGGACCCCAUUAACAGUUGUUUUCUUCUACCCCACAUCCCCUCAAUGCCACAGUUUACCCUCGCAGCUGCAGUGCUUCUUAAGCAUUUUCAUUGUUUUAGCUUCCUGACUAGGUUGACUUCAGGGGCAAGGACUGGCAAUGGCAUAGUACAUAUAUACAUAUGCAUAUAUAUUUGGUAUACAAAUGUGGUUCGUCCAAUUCAGGACUAUGUUGCUGAGGUUGGGUGUAAAUAUUUGUAAAUAAAUUUCUAUUAACUACA